CACCUGAGCGGACACAUCGGUAGAGACGCACCUGUGCUCUCUGGUUCCUGUCUCACCUGUGUGCAGCAGGUAUCUCUCUGUGUGUGUGUGGAGCAGACAGAGGUGUUAUCCAGGUGUUAUUCAUGGCAAAAAGGCUGAAUAAUGUGCGCCUAGAAUGGCUGUGGCUCCUGCACCGACCCCCCAGGGACCGGUAUGGCUUUUAGCCGCAUCAGUAAGCUGGACCCCCCGUCCCGAGGCAUCUUCAGGAGAGCGGUGGUCAUGCUGUGCUCCCUCCUCACCUCUCUCUUCCUCCUGCACUGCGUCACCUCCACCUCCACCUCCACCUCCACCUCGCCGGUCCAUGCGUCCUCCAGCCGGGCAGCUCGGCUCUUCGAGGACUGGAAGUCACUGAGGACUAGAAGACUGGAGUGGACCAUCUCCUCCCGGCAGGACUCCUUCAUCUUACCUGCACCUGGUCUGGUCUCCUCCAGGAGACUAGUGUCUCCCAGGUUCGCAGGUAAACUCAGUCCUCUCGGGGAGGGGAGCAAGAAGCUGCCUCAGGCUCUCAUCAUCGGGGUGAAGAAAGGAGGCACCCGGGCUCUGCUGGAGUUCCUCCGGGUUCAUCCAGACAUCAGAGCCGUGGGAGCAGAGCCGCACUUCUUCGACCGCAACUAUGAGAACGGGCUGGAGUGGUACAGAGAGCUGAUGCCCAAGACUCUGGAGGGCCAGAUCACCAUGGAGAAAACCCCCAGCUACUUUGUGACCAGAGAGGCUCCAGCCAGGAUCGCCGCCAUGUCCCGGGACACCAAGCUGAUCGUGGUGGUGAGGGACCCCGUCACCAGGGCCAUCUCGGACUACACGCAGACGCUGUCCAAGAAGCCCGACAUUCCCUCUUUCGAGAGCCUCACCUUCAAAAACAGGACUACGGGGCUCAUCGACACCUCGUGGAGCGCCGUCCAGAUCGGCAUCUACGCCAAGCACCUGGACAACUGGCUGCAGUACUUCCCCAUGGAGCAGAUCCUGUUUGUGAGCGGCGAGCGGCUGAUCAGCGACCCGGCCGGAGAGCUGGGCCGCGUGCAGGACUUCCUGGGGCUCAAGAGGAUCAUCACGGACAAACACUUUUACUUCAACCAGACCAAGGGUUUCCCGUGCCUCAAGAAGGCCGAGGGCAGCAGCAAGCCCCACUGCCUGGGCAAAACCAAAGGGAGGACCCAUCCGAACAUUGACCCCGAGGUGGUGCAGAGGCUACGGGACUUCUACAGGCCCUUCAACAUGAAGUUCUACCAGAUGACAGGGCGCUUCUUUGGCUGGGAUGACUGAAUAUGUGUUUUCACUGAGGACUGUGAGAGAUACUGUAGCGGAGUAUUAGGAGCACUCUACGGGGGAAAUAAUAAUAUUUCAAUAAAAAAAGUCAUAAUCUUACAAGUAUUAAGUCUAACUUUACAAAAAAAGUUGUAAGGUUCAAAGACGGAAUUUGUAAAAUUUAUGAAAAAUAAGAAGAAUAUAUUUUGUGAAUAACCCAAAACUUACUUUGUACAAAUCGUGUUUUGGCGAGCAAAAAUAUUUAUAGUAUUUAUGGAGAGUAAGGCAACGCUAAAACAGGCACAUCUAAUCUAACCAAGCCUAUAUAGUUAUUUAAUUUUGGUUGUUGUUGAAAACAUAACUUUUUAGUAUAAAAGUUCUAACUUAUUUUAUAUUAUAUUGUUAUUAUUCUUACUCAUUCAUACAUUGUUAGACUUCAUCUAGUCAAAUAUAAGACUAAAUUAAAGUAUUUAAUAGUGUUUUUAAAUGUACAACAUAGUUCACAUAAUAUAUAAAUAUAUAUUCAAGAAUAUAAUAUUCAAGAAUAUAUUGCAAAUUUCCCCACUGCGGGACUAAUAAAGGAUUAUCUUAACUUAUCUUAUAACAACCAAAAUGUUACAGUAAGUAUUCUUAAAAUAUCUUUAAAUAUUUUUUGCCAAAUUAUCUGACAUUUUCUCAAAUAUAUGUGAUUUUUUUUCAACUAUUUCCUCAAAAUAUUAUGACUUUAAUUGUGUAUUUUUCCCCCCUAACAGUGUUCCUAGUACUCCGUCCUCAGCACUAACUCUAAGCAAUAUGUGUCGGUUAGAGGAGAGACAGGCUUUCAGAUAUGCAAUAUUUCACUGUUACUUCUUUCAUCGUCAGAGCUGCCUCUAAUCCACAAUCAUGGAGAUAUUUUUCUUCUAAAAAAAUAUUGAGUUCUCGAAGGAUUUGCAUCAUAUCUCCCUGCACUAUCUGAAGUUUUUUUGUUAUUCAGUUUGGAGUCCUUGGCUGUGACCCAGAAAUAUAGUAUGCAGUGCUUCUUUAAGAAGAUGGGUGAAAUCACAUUUUGUCCAGGGGCUUUUGAUAAAAGCUCUAAAGUAAUGCCAUAUUUUAAUCAUUCAUAGCUGCUUUCAAAUUUGAGAAUUUUUCUAGCAAAAAAAAAAGAAUAUGAAAAUAUAUGUAUUUUUGAAAUGUAUUUAUUCAAGAAGUAAACAAGCAGUAUGUAUGUAUGUAUGUUGAAUAACACCUCAGAGAUUAUUCGUUCUUUUAUUAUUAUGCUUCCCAUGCCUUUAGAGUUUUGUUUGUUUUAUACUAAGAACAUGUUAUCCUCAUUUUAAGUUCAGGUCAUCCGUUCUAAUAUAUAUAUGUGGGAACGCUCGUCUCCACUUCGCUUUCAGUGCCAGAGCUGUGAGUUUGUUAUUUCGAGGGUCGUUUGCCAACCUUCAGCUAACCAAGUUACAGGCAAAGACAGCACUCACUGUUAUUCAAGCAGCAGCGACUCCUUCCCAAACUGUGACUCAAAUUUCCUCAACAUGCCUCCUUGUGAAUUGAAUACACUUGAUGUCACUGGCCUUCCUCCCCUCGAGGCGAUGUGUGCGUGGAAGUGUUUUUAAACCCGCGGAGCACGAGAACAAUGGCCGAGUUGUGUUCCCUAAUUUCCGUCUACUUGUGUGUGAGCCACUUUCUGAAAGCAGAUGUGCCUCAAAAGACUCGAAGCCAUGUUGUGUUUUGGUGUGAGCAUCAGAGAAGAACCUAAUAUAGAUUUUUCUUGAGGGGGGGUUAUAUUACCAAUCUAAUUGUGCUGUUCUGACUGUUGUUUUCUUAAGAUGUUGGAAUUUUUAAGGCACUCCUUGAAUAAAAAAAAAUAUAUGUAAA